AUGUCGUCUGCUCAUGAAGGACAACCCUCAGAAGUCAAAAAUUAUGCGAGAGAAAUGGGUCGUUGUGCUUCUUUCGAUUGCAAAGAAAUGGGGGUUUAUAAGUUUCCUGAAGCUACUGUUAUGAGAAGAAAAUGGGAAAAAUCUUUGAGGAUAGUUAAGUUCAAAUUCGAAUUCUAUCAGUCCACGGAUGUUGAGUCCCACAACGAUGAAGACAUGAGCGACGCCGGCGACCACGACGACGUCGACAGUUGCGAUGAGAUGCGUCGGCACGCUGGCCUCCUCGCCGAUCACGGCGAUGUCCUCGCAAAGCUGAAAAUGCAAGUGAGGGACAUCAAGGUGGGGGACGAUUACGAGACUUCCCGAAACCUGAGCUUCCCGAUGAACAAUAGACCGAUGCCCAGCCAGGAGAAUAAUUUCCAGCUGCCCGUCCCCUUUCCGUUCCCGCACCCGGCUGCGGCUUUCCUGCCGCCGAUGGCGCCGCAACCAGCAGCGCCCUCUUCCGGCAGCUCGCAUUCCUCCGAGGGAAGCGCCUCCUCGCAGCACACCUGGUCGUUCGAGGAGCAGUUCAAACAGGUGCGUCAG